AUGGUGAAGAUUGAAGAUUUUAAGCUCUCCGCCGAACUGACCGGUCACAAACUGGAUGUGCGUGCCGUAACCGAGGGCAACGGCUUCCUCGUAAGCGGAUCACGGGACAAAACGGCCAAGAUUUGGGCAAAGCAGGGUAAUGGCUACCAGGACACGGAAACGCUGACGAAUCACACCAACUAUGUCGGUGCUAUCCUGGUCGUGGAAGCCAACUGUUGGAUUUGUACCGCUAGUAACGAUGCCACGAUCGCCAUUUUUCGCUACCCGGGGCCAACGGAGCCCAUCGGUGUGCUGAAAGGGCAUACGUCGGCCGUUUGUGCGUUGGCCGUGGGCAACGAUUCAUCGACACUGAUCUCGGGUAGCUGGGACAAAACGGCCAGACUGUGGACGAAUGUACCGGGUGCGAUGACCAACUUGGCCCUUGUCGGACACGAGGCGGCCGUUUGGGCGGUGGCGUGUCUCCCAAACGGUCGAUUUCUAACCGGUUCGGCCGACAAAAGCAUCUUCGUGUGGAACGCCACGGGACAGAAGUUGGCGGUACUAAAGGGCCACAAGGACUGUGUUCGUGGUUUGUGUCCGCUUCCGGAGACCUGUGGAGGCGGGUUUCUGAGCUGCUCGAACGAUGCCACGAUCCGCCAAUGGAGCGACACGUACGAGUGUGUGAAAGAGUUUCACGGCCACAGCAAUUACAUCUACAGCAUCGCUCGUUCGGAUGCCUGGGGCGACAGUGUUUUUGUGACGGCUGGCGAGGACAGUACCGUACGGAUGUGGCAUCUGCGGGAGGGUGCGUUGGGCGAUGCGCUGCAUCUUCCCGCACAGUCCGUUUGGGCCGUGGCCGCCCUCCGGAACGGAGAUAUUGCUUGCGGUACGAGUGAUUCGGUGGUACGAGUAUUCACCACCGCGAAGGAUCGCACGGCCAGUGACGAUCAGGUGGCCGCCUUUCGCGUGGCAGUUGAAGUGCGCCAAGCGGAAGCCUCCAAGCAGCUCGGGGGCAUGAAUGUGAACGAUCUUCCCGGGCCCGAAUCGCUGCUGUCCGAGGGACGUGAAGGUCAAACGCGCAUCGUUCGCCACCCGGAUGGCAAAAUUCUCUGCUACCAAUGGGAUGCGGCCGCUAGUAAGUGGGAGUGCGUCGGCGAUGUGAUGGGUGCGAGCGACGGUGAUACGGGCAAGCAGCUUUACGAGGGUCGCGAGUAUGAUUACGUGUUUUCCGUCAACCUCACGGACGAUGCGCCGAACUUGAAGCUACCGUACAAUCGAGGCGAAGAUCCGUGGUUCGUGGCGCAACGUUUCAUCCACAAACACAACCUGCCCCAAGUGUAUCUCGAUCAGGUGGCCAAUUUCAUUGUCACAAACUCCGACAAUGCCCCGGUGGCGAGUGCGAUUGGCAACAGUUACUUCGACCCAUUCACCGGUGGUUCGCGCUACGUUCCCGGCUCGUCGGCAAGCUCACGCUAUGCGCCAUCCUCCGCCAACACCGAUCCGUUCACGGGCGGAUCAAGUUACACCACGCAAACACCCAACGUGGUUGCACCGAAUGUUCCGCGUGCAACCGACGGUGGUAAUGUGGACCCUUUCACGGCAAGUGGGAGCUACUCGACCGGAUCGAAAGAAGUGAAGAAAUGCAAUACCCAUUUCCCGCACCGUCACUACGUUCUGAUGGAAAAUGCAGACCUCACGAAAGUGCUCGUAAAAUUGAAAGAGCUGAAUGGUAAAAUCGAGGAUCGUAGCCUGCGGAUGUCGGACGAGACGCUUGACGAUGUCGUAAGGUACGCGAACGAAGUGCUCACUAGUAGCGGCGACCCGAACUCUGACGCCCUGACGGCACUGAAGUAUCUGUUCACCACUUGGCCCACGGAGCUCAUCUUUCCAAUCAUGGACAUAACGCGGCUGGUGGUACGCGAACCGCGCGCUUGCCAGGAGCUGUUCGAUAGCGCAUUCAUCGGGGUGUUUCUGCAGCAUACCAAUCACCUUCCCGCCAAUCAGCUGAUGGCGGCCCGUUGCUUCACCAACAUGAUACCGCACCAGGUGGGCCGCAAUUUGGUGGUGGAAAAUCUGCGAGCCAUUGUCGACCGGCUGGCAAAGAUCCGCGCCGGCAGUAACAAUCUCCAGAUUGCUCUGGCAAGCUUCUAUCUCAACCUAUCGAUGACACAGCUCGAAAAACUGUCCUCGGUGGAGUUCUGUAAAGUGCUGGCCAGCACGGUGGCCGAACUUCUCGGUUGGUUGACCGAUCACGAAGCGACGUAUAGGUGCUACCAGGCACUCGGCAAUUUGCUGAGCCUCCAGGGCACCGGGACGGGUGGAAUCACGGAGGUGCUAAAGUCGAACAGCGCCCUGACGGACCGGAUACUGCUCAACAUCAGCAGUGAGCUACCAAACUUCGGCAAGCUGAAUGACUGUGCAAGCUAUCUGUAUGAGCUGCUGCUUUAAAUGGGAGUUUCCUUCACCUCUUUUAUGUUUGCUUAAUUUUCUUUUACCUUUAGC